AUGAACAAAGAACCAGUACAUGCUGCUGCCCUCUGUGUGCCAGCACCCUCCCUUGUCUACUUUCGCCAGGCUGCAGUGAAGGAGGUGGUGUGUUGGGGAAAGGGUGGGCUAUUGCGGAAGAGUCCAGUGGAUGAUAUGGCUAGUGAGAGCGUGACGAGUGCAGUGAAUGAUUUGAUGAAAGAGGCGGUGCUGGCAGCAGUUAGAGAGGAGCUGGCUGCACACAAGGAGGAGGUGGAUGAGUCACGGCACAUGCUGACAGCAGUGAAUGGGGAGUUGGCAGUGGUGAAGGGGGAGUUGGCAGUGGUGAAGGGGGAGUUGGCAGUGGUGAAGGGGGAGUUGGCAGUGGUUAAGGGGGAGUUGGGAAAACACAAGGAGCAAAGGGUUGAGAUUAGCAUCAUGGGACAAGGCGACCAUGUUGGACCUGCAGAAUCUCUUUACUCUCUCAGAUGA